AUCGGCUGCUAUGUGAGCCGGGAUCCCAACUUCAACCAAACUCAUGUUAUCCACGUUCCUUCAUGAACCUGUAACGAGCUGAUUAUGCCCUUCUCUCAGGCCGGGGAAAACAGCAGCGUUACAGCAUCUCUGAUUCCUCUACCACAGCCGAAGCUCCAGUCGCUGCCAGUUCCAGAAGACUUCUCUGUAAAUUAUACGCGUCGGAAUUCCAGACGAUCUACGGAUAGUCGACGGGAACGUGCGGAGCGUGCAGCUCGUGUGUCUUGCGACGUCUUGGAGCUUUACAACAGUCAAAAACUCGAGAUUGAAGCAUUGCGGAAUGAAUUGCACGCAGAGCGCACGCGCGCAGAUGAUGCCGACCGAGAUUUGAAAGAGGUUGUUGUCCGUUUCAAGGCUUUGUACCAGGAAAAGGUGGCUGCAGUUCAAGAGGCUGCCAAGGCUAAGCAGGAAUUACAACUACAUAAGAAUGCACUAGAAAUGGCUCAAGUGGAGAUAGCAAAUGCUCAAGAACUCCUGAAGGCCGUUGAAAGACAGCGUAACCAGGCCGAAGAGGAUGCUCAAGAAAUCAGAGCAAUCGCCCAUAAGCUGCAUUUGGAGAAAGAAAUAUUGAAGGCUACUGAAGAGGGCCGUCAAAGAGGUUUCGUCGAAGGAAUACAGAGGGCCCGUCUGUUUGCUCAAGAUGCUACUCGCUCCAGUGAAGAUGAUUCUGACAGAUCAGAGUCUUCUUCAAGCAGUACUUCGAUCUAUGACGACCUCCGGUAUCAGUCUUCUUCGAGACAACAGUCCAGCUCAAAUUUCCCAGGACCUUCUACGAAACAACCAUCACCGCCUAUUCCUUUCCCUCUCCCCGAGCCAGCCCAACCCAGUGAACUGGUAGACGCGACGCAAGUUCAUCCUGCUAUGCCCUCACCUCAACCCUACGUUGAUGUCCCACCCGAAGGAUUUAUUCCAGAGACAAGUCGGGAUUCUGUCAUUAGGCUCCCUUCUCCUCAUGAGCUUGCACCCCGACCCCCUACUCCAGGGACUGCAUUUGUGCCGCCACUUCCGGUCAUCCCAGAAGAUAGUGAAGAACCUGUUGUCGUUCCUCUGCCCGGCUUUGUGGCUGGACCCACUCCUGCUCCAUUACCCGAACCAAUGAUACUCCGACGUCGGUCUCAGGACUCUACGCCGACUGCUAUAUCCGAAUUGGACAUACUAAGCAGUAAGAGACACGGUCCAGGGGGAUCAAUAUAUCAAGUACCACCCCCUCACCCGACACAGAAUAUCUACCUGCAAAGUUCACAUACUCCUCUGAACAUACCAGUGUCUUCAUGGGCGGCGGGUUUCGACCCUGAUUCGCCUACACGAAAAACCCUCUCAUUGGAAGAUGACGACGAUAACGACGAGGAGGACCAGAGUGAAAGUGGGAGUGAGGGUGGUACUUUUACUUUUGAUUUCCGAAGCCCGUCCCGGUCGCCUUCUGGGAGCCCCCCGGAUGCCCAGUCAGAGGGCAACUUCCUCAGUGCUGACGACGCACUUAGGUCUAGCCCUAUUCCUCCGCCUGCACAGGUUUUCCCUCCCAUCUUGGUUUCUCAUGGAACCACACUCUCCAACGUGGCCUCGCGAUCGUCUACACCGCAACCACUGUCGCCACCUCAUUCUGUUUCUCGGAGCGCUACCCCCGUGAUUGAUUUACCAGGCACGGGUCUUCCACCGGGUUUCAUUCCUCAAAGUAAGACUCCCAUUAUUAACAAUCCGCAGCCUGUGUCAGAUCUUCCACCGGGUUUCGUUGCCCAGACUUUCACGCCCCUACCCUCCAGCUUUGCGCCUUUGCCUUCUGGUUCGACGCAAACAUAUCGCAACAUGCCAGGCGACUAUGGCGAUCGAAGUAACACUCCGAGGCCUAAUUCUGGACCAGUGAUUCCUUCCCCUGAAUUGAUGAGGAGAGCUGAAGAAGACGAUUCAUCAUCGAGUAUGUCUGGAGAAACCUUGACCACUCCGAGGCCGAAAAAAUACAAAUCGAAAAGUGAAUUGAGUUCUACUUUCUCGUCGUAUAUAGAUGGUGGUGCUCCAGUCCGACCACCAUCGUCAACAGGUAGGAGCAGUAGGAGCAGUCGGAAGGGUCCCAUGUUUUGAAUCACAACUAUUUUUGACUAGUCCAAUGAGUCCGAAAAAUGAAGAUUUAAGAAUAAGUAGUGUCCGUUAUUACAAAUCCAAGUACUGUAUAAGUUACUAGUCGCCAUAGAUAAAGGUAAAGUUCCGGGUAUAAGAUCAUGAACACGCCAGAAUUGGCAAGAAAGUCGAAAUUUCCGGGUGUAUGCAAGGUGUAUGUGUAUAUGUAUUGUAUGUG